UCUUAGAUAACCAUCGCUCCGCCUUCAUUGCCAUUAUCUGUCGCCUCCACGCUUGCUUCAGUACCGCGCGGAGUGGAUCCACGGCGUCAGUGAAGGACGGCUCCAGCCAUGGCGUCUUUCUUUCAUCGCUGUCCGUUCCUGACCAGCGCGUCCAAGCCCUUCCUGAGGAGAGCCGGACGGUCGCUCUUCAGCCUCGCUGACCGCUGCCCCGUCAUGCUGUCCCACGGCCUGGUCACUACCGCCACCAACCACCAGAGGGCACCAGAGACGACCCCGACCGGCGCUCAGGCUGUCGCAGUGACCAUGUCCUCCAGGUGUCCCUUCGUCCAGGAGAUCGUCGCGGUCCAGGCCACCGCUGAGGUCCAGGAGGAUGUGCAGCACAGCUGGCCACUAGGGGGCGUGUGCCCCUUGCCAGCUCCCGUGUCUCACCGCAUCCAAGACAACAUGUGCAGAGACCAGCCCAGUUUCGAUUACGACACGUUCUUCGACACAAAGAUCGCCGAGAAGAAGCAGGACCACACCUACCGCGUGUUCAAGACAGUGAACCGCUGCGCCGACGCUUUCCCCUUCGCCGAAGAUCACUCGCAGCCUUCCGGCGAGACCAAGCAGGUGUCCGUCUGGUGCAGCAACGAUUACCUGGGCAUGAGCCGCCACCCUCGGGUCCUGUGUGCCAUUCGGGAUACCCUGGAUCAGUACGGUGCGGGAGCCGGGGGCACCAGGAAUAUUUCUGGCACCAGUAAAUUCCACGUGGAUCUGGAGCAGGAGUUAGCCAGCCUUCACCACAAGGGCGGCGCUCUGGUCUUCUCCUCCUGCUUCGUGGCGAACGACUCCACUCUCUUCACUCUGGCCAAGAUGCUUCCAGGCUGUGAGAUCUAUUCGGAUGCCGGGAACCACGCUUCCAUGAUCCAGGGAAUCCGCAACAGCGGCGUCCCGCGACACAUCUUCCGUCACAACGACGCCGGACACCUGGGGGAGCUGCUGAGCAAGUCCGACCCCAGCACUCCCAAGAUCGUGGCGUUCGAGACGGUGCACUCCAUGGACGGUGCAAUCUGCCCCCUGGAGGAGCUGUGUGACGUGUCCCAUCGCCACGGCGCCCUGACGUUCGUGGACGAGGUCCAUGCCGUGGGGCUGUACGGAGCUCGAGGGGCUGGCGUGGGAGAGAGAGAUUCCGUCAUGCACAAGAUUGACAUUGUCUCCGGAACCCUGGGCAAGGCAUUCGGUUGUGUGGGGGGUUACAUUGCCAGUACCGCCGCCCUGGUGGACACGGUGCGCUCCUUUGCUGCCGGCUUCAUCUUCACCACCUCCCUGCCGCCCAUGGUCCUCGCCGGGGCCCUGGAGUCUGUGCGGGUGCUGAAGAGCCAGGAGGGACGGGACCUGAGAAGGGCCCACCAGAGGAACGUCAAGCACAUGAGGCAGCUGCUCCUGGAUGCAGGGCUGCCUGUCAUCAACUGCCCCAGUCACAUCAUCCCAAUCCGGGUGAGCAACGCAGAGAAGAACUCUCAAAUCUGUGAUCUCCUGCUGGAGAAGCACGGCAUCUACGUGCAGGCCAUCAACUACCCCACCGUGCCUCGAGGGGAGGAGCUAUUGCGCCUAGCCCCCUCCCCCCACCACACCCCACCAAUGAUGGACUACUUUGUGGAUAAUCUGGUUGAAGUCUGGGAGGAGGUGGGGCUCCCCCUGAGCCCCCCAUCGGAGACCAGGUGCAACUUCUGCAGCCGACCUAUGCACUUUGAACUCAUGAGCGAGUGGGAGCGCUCGUAUUUCAGAAACAUCGGUCCACAGUACAUCACCUAGGACUUAAGGAUUAAGGCAUAAUUUAAAAUUAAUUAUGAGCCGAGUCUGCGGUACAUAUUUAAUACAUGAAUCAGUCAAGAAAAUAAGUUUGGAAGUUAAUAAGUUUGGAUAGUAAAUCCGACUUUAUAUAUCAUGUUUAAAUAUAGCUGAUACACCAGAAGUAAAUAAGUAACAGAAAAUGUUUUUUUUUAGGUUCAUGCCGCAUAGAUAGCAAAGUUUUUCUCGGUCUCCGUCUGGUUUGCCGACUGCUGCAUAAUCCAGUUUACAAGAAAUAAGUGUCAACGUUUUAAUCACCGUUUUAGCGAUUUGGAACAGCUUUCUUUUGUAGCGUGUUUUGUAAUUCAUUUUCUGUUAACUGUGUUUAGACAUUUUCUGUUGCAGAGUGCAGGGAGUGUGAAAGGCGGUCCUUUUGAAAAGGGGCGGGACUGACGUUGAUGUGAACCAAUCACAUGACAGGCUGAGGCUAUUGCCCGUUGUGUAUGGAUGUUAGGGCAACAGAUAAAUCUAUUUUUGCUCCUGGGAUGAACUUUUAAACCAUCACAGGCCAGGAUUUACAAACACGGAUUAAUAUAUGU